AGAACCGCGUACAGCUGUGUGAGAGAAGUAAGCGACGUAAGCGACGGCAGAAGAUGGUGAGACUCACGCCGUGUUAAGAUAGGAAAAUUGUAGAAUGACAUUAGCAAGAUUACGAAUAACGUCUAGAAAUGUAGGUGUACUUAACUGUCGAUGCUGUUCAAGGUACAGAACUGAAAAUCGAGGGCAGUGUCAUGAGUAUCAAAAACACAACGUAUGGAGGAGUUUGAAACAUUUUUCGGAUUUUCUCACAUCAAAUGUAAUCUAUAAUAAAGAUGGCCUCUUGGUACUAAACAAGCCAUAUGGAAUAGGACUGUCACCUUCACCCACACCAUCAGCACAGCAUUCAAGGCACACAGAUAAGAUGAUUGUUGGCCAAAGCCAGUACUAUCUAACAGAGGCUCUACCACACAUUGCCGGAAAUUUGGGCUAUAACAGUUUAACUGUCCUGAAGAUACCAGAGCGGUAUACAAGUGGAGUAACAGUGCUGUCAUCAUGCAACAAAGUGAUGGACAAAGUCAGAACAUGUAUGAAGAAAGCCAGUGGUCGUCUGCAGUCAUGUGCUUAUUACUGGGCUGUUGUUAUCGGAAAUCCUCAGACAGAUUCAGCAAUUCAAAAAUUAGGAUUGACAUUUAAAGAGAAUCCCACUAUAGAUAAUGACAAACAACCUAUAGUGGUACGUGACUGGUCAAAGAACGCUAUGAAACGAGGAGAUGUGAAGGUGUUUAAAGUACAUCAUCACACACUGUGCAAAAAUAACUUGGCAAGUCUAGUGGAGAUAUGCCCAUCUGCUACCAAGUGGCAUUUCCUUCGUGUGUACCUUGCACACUUGAUGAGUCCAGUGUUGGGUGACAAUCUGUAUGGAUCUCGUGUACAUCAGGUGAUGGGUGUGCAUCUUGCAAUUAAUCCUACCAGUGAUGCUGCUAGAGGUCCAAAGAAGCUGCCAAAGGAGCUGCAAGCAGCUCUUGCAAUUAAACCUGGCCAAGAAGUAAUCAUACCAACCCAUUUACAUCUUCGAAGACUAAUUCUGCCACACUAUCUGGGAAAAGAUAGUGACCUUAUUAUAGAAGCACCUCUUCCAAGUAGCUUUCAGUGGACUUGUCAAGCUCUAGGUCUGAAUCCUGAUUAUGAUGCAGAAAAUGUAAGAUGUACAAUAAACUGUGACAGAUAAUUGUUGACCAGUUAUACAGUAUACUGUUUUUGUGAUACAUAUUGAUAUCAGUACAUUUUUCUAACACAAAAUACAAUGAACUACAAUAAUAUGCAUUACAUUU